GACUUUUGGCUUGAUCAUCGGAGAAGAAAAGGAGCCCAGAACUUAGAAGGAUUCAAUCCGAAUGACGAUGGAAGAGGGUGAGAUAAAGUUUAUAUGGAAAAUACAGAAUUUCUCGAAGCUUCAUUUGCAGGAGCCUCUCUGCUCGAAGGUCUUCUCCCUCGGAGAUUACAAAUGGCGGAUAGUAGUUUCCUCCAAGGAAAAUAUGGAUCAUUUGUCGAUUUAUCUGCAAGUUGUAGAUUCAUUGACUUUGCCCUCUGGUUGGAGUCGAAAUACAAAAUUCUCCUUUAUUAUUGUCAACCAAAUUGAUGACGAAUCCUCAGUGAAAAAAGCGACACCGAGAGUGUGUAAAUUUGAUGCACAGGCAGCAACGAAGGGCUCCACUAGAUUCAUCUCUCUUGAGAAGUUGCGUGAUCUUGAAAAGGGUUAUUUGGUGGAAGACACAUGCAUAAUUGAGGCUGAUGUUACCAUGUUCAGGGGUGAGAGCCCCGUCGUGCCCGGACCCUGGUCUGGGAAUACAGCCCCAAUCGGACGGAAAGACAGCAAUGAUGAGAUAGCUACCGGAUGUAAGUUAGCUACAGAAAACCCAACUGAAGAAGAUAUUAAUGCAUUCUUCGUGGAUUUGGGCUCUGAGAUCUCUAGUGGUCAAAAUCUUUCUCCAAAAGAAGAACUAAAAGAAGCUCUGACAAGGAUAAACGACACUUUGAACAUGGAUCCAGCUGACUUAAAUGAUGCAGGGAGGAUUUAUAAAAUAAAAAAUGCAUUUGAUGUUUUAUCUUCUCUUGAUACUUACUCUGUACUUACAACUGAGCAAAAAGAAGUACUAACCAUGAAGGAAAAAAUUAUUGACUUACCUGAGAGAGCAGCAAAAGCAUCUAAGGACAAGAAACUGUUUGCGCACAAGGAAUUUGUCAAGAUGACGCUCCAUCGUAAACUGGGGAGGUGUCUAAUUGAGUUUAAAAGGACUAAGGAAGAAACUGAACAACAGGAACGGAACAUUGCCACCCUUCAGGAGAAAGUUGAUUCCCUUCUUGCUGAAAUUGGUGAGGCACGAAAGAAGAAAUGCGGUUUAUCAUCCAAGCAAAAAGAAAUGUAUAAACUUUCCAAGGACUUGAAAGCUGAACUCGAUGAGCUAGAAAAGCAGUGGCCAGAGUAUGAAGCAAAGAUGAAGGCUGCUGAAGAGGAGGAGAAAAUGGUUCAUACAGAAUGGCACAAAAUGAAACAAAUUGUUUCAUCUCUAAAUAAAACUCUUUACCCAUUUGGUUUCAGGCAUUAAUAUAUGUAAGAAGUAAUAUGUGAAUGUUUUCGUGUUGGAUAUUUGGUUUGGUAAGCCAGGUUCAAAAACUAUUAAAACUAGUUUAAAAUG